CACUAGCCGGCGGUAAAUGGUGUUUGCAAGCGGAAGCUCAACCCCGGAGAGGAAGAAGCUUUGUGUUUCCGGUGUUGAUUGCGUGUCGUGCCCUGCAGAUUCUCAGUAUAAACAAUGUCUAUUGAAAUCGAAUCAGCAGACGUGAUUCGUCUGAUCAUGCAGUACUUAAAGGAAAAUAACCUUCACCGCACUCUGGCGACGCUGCAGGAAGAAACCACUGUGUCCCUUAACACUGUAGACAGUAUCGAAAGUUUUGUGGCUGAUAUCAACAGCGGUCACUGGGACACAGUGCUACAGGCAAUCCAGUCUCUCAAACUCCCAGACAAGACACUGAUCGAUCUCUAUGAACAGGUUGUGCUGGAGCUGAUUGAGCUGAGAGAGCUUGGAGCUGCCAGGUCUUUGCUGAGACAGACCGACCCCAUGAUCAUGCUGAAACAGACUCAGCCUGAGCGCUACAUUCACCUGGAGAACCUGCUUGCUCGCUCCUACUUCGACCCCAGAGAGGCGUAUCCUGAUGGCAGCAGUAAGGAGAAGCGGCGUGCAGCCAUCGCUCAGGCUCUGGCGGGGGAGGUCAGUGUGGUGCCUCCAUCUCGUCUCAUGGCCUUGCUCGGACAGUCUCUGAAGUGGCAGCAGCAUCAGGGACUCCUGCCUCCUGGUAUGACCAUCGAUUUGUUCAGAGGCAAAGCUGCAGUCAAGGAUGUAGAGGAGGAGAGAUUCCCUACUCAGCUGAGCAGGCACAUCAAGUUUGGACAGAAGUCCCACGUGGAGUGUGCCCGCUUCUCCCCUGAUGGUCAGUAUCUGGUUACUGGCUCUGUUGACGGCUUCAUCGAGGUGUGGAAUUUUACAACAGGCAAGAUCAGAAAGGAUCUGAAGUAUCAGGCACAAGACAACUUCAUGAUGAUGGACGACGCCGUGCUGUGCAUGUGUUUCAGCAGAGACACAGAGAUGCUGGCUACAGGAGCACAGGAUGGCAAAAUAAAGGUCUGGAAGAUCCAGAGUGGACAGUGUUUACGGCGGUACGAACGUGCUCACAGUAAGGGUGUGACGUGUCUGAGCUUCUGUAAGGACAGCAGUCAGCUCCUCUCAGCCUCGUUCGACCAGACCAUCAGAGUUCAUGGUCUAAAGUCAGGGAAGUGUCUGAAGGAGUUCCGAGGCCAUUCCUCAUUUGUCAACGAAGCCACGUUCACUCCGGACGGCCACCACGUUGUCAGCGCCUCUUCUGACGGAACUGUGAAAGUCUGGAAUGUGAAGACCACAGAGUGCACAAGCACAUUCAAGUCUCUUGGCACCUCAGCCGGAACAGACAUCACUGUGAACAACGUCAGCCUGCUUCCUAAGAACCCAGAGCAUUUUGUGGUGUGCAAUCGGUCCAACACUGUGGUCAUUAUGAACAUGCAGGGGCAGAUUGUGAGGAGCUUCAGCUCUGGUAAGCGAGAAGGGGGAGAUUUCGUAUGUUGUACACUUUCCCCCAGAGGAGAGUGGAUCUACUGCGUGGGAGAGGACUUUGUGCUUUACUGCUUCAGCACAGUGACUGGCAAACUGGAGAGAACCCUGACUGUCCAUGAGAAGGAUGUGAUCGGUAUCUCCCACCACCCUCAUCAGAACAUGAUCGCCACAUACAGUGAAGAUGGCCUGCUCAAGCUGUGGAAACCUUAAGCACCAGACUGGACCAAUAGUUUACUCGGAUAUAGACUCUGCUUUCGAUACCUUUUUUUUUUUUUGUAUAUAUUCUUCUGUUUUUCCUCCCAAGUUUGAUUACAUUGUGCAAGUUUUCAUAUGCAUGUCCUGUUGAACAGAACAAAUCCUUUCAGAAGUUUCUCCUUCUGAGUUGAUUGUUGUGUAAUAGUAGAUAACACCGCAUUCUUCUUAAUUAAUUUUUACAUGAAUAAUUUUCAACUCCAAUUAAACAAUUUGUUCACAA